GGCUAAGCGAGCGAGGCGGCCAUUGGAGGCUCAGGCGGUGACGUAACUUGCCGGUUUGGGUGGCCUUCCGCUCGGGCGGCUGUUGGGAGGGGCUCGGGGGACAGUUAGCGGGGCUCCCCGGUCCCUGAGCCCUUGGAAGUGCGAUGAGGUCGGUUAGCUACGUACAGCGCGUGGCCCUAGAGUUCAGCGGGAGCCUCUUCCCCCACGCCAUCUGCCUUGGAGACGUCGAUAAUGACACGUUAAAUGAACUGGUGGUGGGAGACACCAGCGGAAAGCUGUCUGUGUACAAGAAUGAUGACAGCCGGCCGUGGCUCACUUGCUCCUGCCAGGGAAUGCUCACUUGUGUUGGGGUUGGAGAUGUGUGUAAUAAAGGAAAGAACCUGGUGGUGGCCGUGAGUGCCGAGGGCUGGUUUCACUUGUGUGACCUGACGCCUGCCAAAGCCCUGGAUGCUUCCGGGCACCACGAGAGCCUCGGGGGGGAAGAGCAGCGCCCGGUCUUCAAGCAGCACAUCCCUGCCAACACCAAGGUCAUGCUGAUCAGCGACAUCGAUGGCGAUGGCUGUUGUGAGCUGGUGGUGGGUUACACAGACCGCGUGGUCCGGGCUUUCCGCUGGGAGGACCUGGGCGACGGCACCGAGCAUCUGACAGGGCAGCUGGUGUCACUCAAGAAAUGGAUGCUGGAGGGUCAGGUGGACAGUCUCUCGGUGACUCCAGGGCCCCUGGGUGUUCCGGAACUCAUGGUAUCUCAGCCAGGCUGUGCUUACGCGAUUCUGCUGUGCACCUGGAACAAGGACCCUGGGGCGCCCCCCACCUCUGAGGGGCCGGAGGAGGGCACUAGGGAGACCCCGGCUGCCCGAGACAUCGUGCUGCACCAGACGUCCGGCCGCAUCCACAACAAGAAUGUCUCCACUCAUCUCAUCGGCAACAUCAAGCGAGGCCACAGCCCCGAGAGCAGCUCCUCUGGCCUCUUUGCCCUCUGCACCCUGGAUGGGACCCUGAAACUCAUGGAGGAGGCGGACAAGCUGCUGUGGUCGGUGCAGGUGGACCACCAGCUCUUUGCCCUCGAGAAACUGGAUGUCACGGGCAACGGGCACGAGGAGGUGGUCGCCUGUGCCUGGGAUGGACAGACGUACAUCAUCGAUCACAACCGCACUGUCGUGCGCUUCCAGGUGGACGAGAACAUCCGCGCCUUCUGUGCAGGCCUUUACGCCUGCAAAGGGGGCCGCAACAGCCCCUGCCUCGUGUACGUCACGUUCAACCAGAAGAUCUACGUGUACUGGGAGGUGCAGCUGGAGCGGAUGGAGUCCACCAACCUGCUCAAAGUGCUGGAGGCUGAGCCGGAGUUCCCGGGCCUGCUGCGGGAGCUGGGGGUGGAGGACCCACCAGUCCCUCUCUUGCCCUCAGAUCCUGAUGACCUCCCUGCUGUCCGGGCCUUGCUUCACCAAGCCCUCUACCACCCAGACCGGCCACUACAGUGUCCCCCCACAGGCCUCCAGGAUCCCACCUAGCUGGACCUGCCCUCUUGGCUGAACAGGGAUCCUGCUGGACCUCCCCACCCCCGAAGCUGUCCCUGGUAUUCGCAGAACAGGGAGUGCACAUUACAGAGGAAGGAUGGUGGCAACCCUAGAGUGACUGUGAACCGUAGGCCUCAUGGUCUUUUUUGUGAAGGGUGAGACACGUUGCCCCCCUGCCCAUUUCCUUGUGUACCUCACCCGUCACGUCAGCAGGCACUGCCCCCUCCCCAGAACUCCCCACUCUUCUUGCGUGGGAAGCAGACUUGUUUGUGAGGAGGGACUACAGAUCUCCCGGGGGCCCUAACGUGUAAGGAAGCCAGGCUUUGGGGCCAGUGGAGCAGUGGCAGUGAGGGCCCCACCCCUCCGUGUUCCGUCUCCUGCAGCACGGCUCCAAGUCACGGAGGACGCUAGCCAUUGUCACACAGACGGGGCCGAGCCACUGAUCUUCUUCAACUGCAGUGGGGUUACGCCCUCAUAAACCCAUUGUAAGUGGAAACUAUCCUAAACAGAAAAUGCAUUUCCCACGCCUCACCUACUGAACAUCGCAGCUUAGCCGACCCUGUGUUACACGUGCUCAGAAUACUGCCAUCAGCCUGCAAUUGGGCAAGAUCACCUAAUGCAAAGCCUAUUUAUAGUAAAAUGUUGAGUAUCUCGUGCAGUUUGUUGACUAGUGUUCUGAAAGUGAAAAACAGCAUGGUCGUCUGGGCGCAGGAUGCUUGUAAGUGCAUUGGUUGUUCACCCUCAUGGUUUUAAAUCUGAUUUAGGUUUACAACCCAGGCCCCAAUCAGAAUGACACCCUGGCCCAUUUAUAUCCUUCGGCUCUUGACUCCUGUGUCCUGAUCAGUGAUUUUCAGAUUGUAGGUUGUGCUCCUUUGGUGGGUUGUGGUCAGCAUUUUUUUUUUAAUAAAUGAGAUAAAAGGGGGACUUCCCUGGUGGCGCAGUGGUUAAGAAUCUGCCUGCCAAUGCAGGGGACACGGGUUUGAGUCCUGGGCUGGGAAGAUCCCACAUGCUGCGGAGCAACUAAGCCCGUGCGCCACGACUCCUGAAGCUCACACACGUAGAGCCCACGCUCUGCCAUAAGAAAAGCCACCUCACUGAAAAGCCCGUGCACUGCAAUGAAGAGUAGCCCCCACUCGCCACAACUAGAGAAAGCCCACAUGCAGCAACAAAGACCCAGUGUAGCCAAAAAUAAAAAAUAAAAAUAAACUCAAAUGUCAAAAAAAAAGUAAUGAGAGAAUAAA